AUGAUGUGGAAACCAGUGGGUGUCCCCUUCCAGAACGCCCAGCCUCUGCCUACUCUACCCACAACAGAAGAAAUCCGCGCCUGCACCAACGUCCUAUGGGAGACGAUGGCGACCAAAGUCGUGGCAGUGAGCGACGACAUUGUCGUCAAAUACGGAGGCUGUAUAAACACCUGGGAAGGCGAGGCACUGGUCUACCUCGAACGACACGUCCCAGAAGUUCCAGCCCCGCGACUAUACGCGAUGUACCCUGACUCCAAACAACUCUUCCUAAUCAUGCAACGUGUUCCCGGGGUGCAGUUAGACUCUAUUUGGCCGUCACUGGCGCCCUCAGAGAAAGACGACAUUAUCGGCCAACUGCAACGAAUAUUCAACACAAUGCGAGGGGUUGAGUGUCCGUGGCCUGACUUUUUCGGAGGCCUGGACGGGGAAGGCGUGCACCACUAUCUAUUUUACAGCCAGCAUGGCGAUCAGACAUUUCUAGGGCCUUUCUCUGGCGAACCUGCCUUUGUGGCGGGCCUUGUGGGGAAUUAUAGAGCCUUGGUGGAACGCAAUAACCACCCAGACUACAAGGCUCGCUUUUACGAACGAUAUCUCGCUCGCGUCCUUCAGGGUCACCGGCCUACAUUGACACAUGGGGAUGUGCAGCAGAAGAACAUAAUGGUGGCAGAGAAUACAAGUCGCUUAAACAAUCAAGAUGGGCGGUCAUUUGACGUCGUGCUGAUUGAUUGGGAGAACGCUGGGUGGUUUCCUGACUUCUGGGAAUUCUUUUGUGCAUCGGACCCCUGGAUUUUUCAGUGGGACGAAGACUGGUCCUGGCGAGUCCAGGACUUUAUUCAAGUAUGGCCUGCCGAGAUGGCCAUAAUGCAACUGAUUGACAAGGAUUUGGGCUGGUAA